AAAAAAAAAAAAAAAAAAAAAAAAAAAAAAAAUCAUAUCUGAAAUCAACAACUACCGCCACCGCAUGACCACAACGACAAGAAGAACAACACCAAACACGACCAAAAUGCUCUCGUUCAGCGGCCGCCAACUCUCCAACAUUCUCUUCUUCCUGCUAGCACAAGCAACCUUCACAACCGCACAAUCCUCCUCAACCUUCGACUCCUCCUCCUUCGACAAAGCCUUCAACGACAACGCCCAAACAAUCAAAAACGGGCAAAAGACCGUAAACGCAGGCAUGAUCGCGGGGGUCGUGAUCGCGUGCGUCGUCGGGGUCGGGAUCGUCGGCGGAGGCAUCUUCUGGCUCAUCAUGGUCAUGCGCACGCGCAAGCGCCAGGAGCAACAGCAGCGCGAGAUCGCGGCCGCGACCGACCGCAUCGAGAAGCGCAAGAUUGGCGACAACAGCGCCGCGGAUGUCGAGGCCGGCGUCUAUCACCCUGCUGCCGGUUAUGGCGAUGGUGGCUCCGGACGUGUGGUUGAGGCCGAUGGUGCUCAGAGGUUUGAGGCUUAUAGGCAUAGCAUGCCGUUUGAGAUGGAUGGUGGGCAUGUUUUUGAGGCGGAUGGGAGGCAAAGGUCUUCGGAGUUGCCGUAGAGAAGGCGAGGUAUGAGGG